UCUGUUGACGUGGCGUGAGCGGUAGCAAUUCAACGGUAGCUAGCAGGUAGGUAACUAGCGUUAAUCAAAGGCAAGGUAAGACCGGAGCUCCCCAGAUGGAAGUAUGGAUGUUAUUCAGAUCGACUGACUGAUCCUGUGUUCACCUUCUCAGUGGAGAAAAAAUGUCCAGUAGAAACCAGCACUAUGUGUUCCAGUCCGCCACCAUGGUGCAGCCAGCCAAUGGCGGUCACGCCUAUCUGUUUGGAAACAACGGCUCCGAGAAUGACCUGUCCGAGGAGGAUGGCGAGAGCUAUGAGUUGCGGCCACGUGGCAGAGAGAGGCUGCGAAGGAGUACCUCCAGAGAGAGGAUGGAGGAUAUUAUCUACCUGACCAGAGAUAUCCAGGAGGGUGACACCCUGAACAGCAUCGCCCUGCAGUACCAUUGCUCAGUGGCUGAUAUAAAGCGUGCCAACAACCUUUUGACAGAGCAGGACUUCUUCGCCCUGCGCUCAGUCAAGAUUCCUGUGAGGCGCUUUAGCGUCCUGACUGAGACUCACACCACUGGACCUCUGAACUCUGCCUCCCCCUCAGGUGCAAGGCGCUUGCCCCAGAUCACUUCCAUUACCUCGCUCCCCUCCGAGUCCUCCACAGACUCUUCUUCUUCCACCGACAGUGUGGAAGGAUUCCUCAUGGAGAAGGACAAGGACAUUGAGCGGCUGGUGAAAUCCACAGGUCCAUCUCGAAGCACCCUGAAUGAGGUCGUGUCCUCCUUGACACUGCAGCAACAGCAGCCACUGCUAGGAGAAGUCGAGUAUAAACCAGCGCAGAGAAAGGACCCUUACUACGGAGCAGACUGGGGCAUGAGAUGGUGGACGGCUGUGGCCAUCAUGCUGGUUGUUGGCAUUGUCACACCUGUGUUUUAUCUGCUGUACUAUGAAGUUCUUAUGAAAGCUGACGUCAGCCAUCAUGGCAAUAUUACCAAAGCUAAUGACCACAAGGUGUGAUUAAUGGAGAGCAGCGGGACGUGGAUGUGGACAAAGAAGGAGACGGUGGACACGGAGAACUUGAGAAAACAUAACAAGGGAUUAUGACUUCACAGAUCUGUGGCUAACUCAGAGACCUAAUAAAAACUGGGUAGAUGUUAUCAUUUUGAGUUGUUUUAUAGAUUUGAUAUAUCAAUGCAAUCUAUCAGACUAGGACAGUCACUUUAUAGUGGGAACCAUUGUGUUUUCUAUGGGGUUGAGAGACUAAAAAUCAGGGUGUGGCCAUAGUCAUUCCUCCUGUCUGCCUAUUUGCAUUUAUAUGCUGUACAACAAGGAGUGUAAAUAGGCAAAUGGUAGCAAGUGUUAAGGUUCGCUUAACAACGGAUAGAGUUUUAAUCAUCAGUGUAGCCGAAAAAAUUAAGGUGAUGUUUUUAUCGUAUAUGCUGCUGCAUUUCCAGUAUGUGACACAGAAAACUCUAAGUAAAGACCUCUGAUCAGCCGGUUUGUUUAUUCCACAAUGGAGCACCGGCCACA